AUGGCUAUCCAGCCGGAGUUCGAGUACGAGGACGAAUGGGAGGCAUUCCUUGAGAAGACCGAUCCCAGGAAGCGGCUGGAAAAGAGAUUCCAGAACUACACCUGGAGCUUCGGAGUGGACGAGGACGACGAUGGCUUCACUCGAGACUGCGUGCAGUUGGAGGUGCCCACCGUCAGAGAAACGGAGCCUCGACACGUGCAAGCGAAGCUCACGUCCCGACAUCUCAAGUUGACGGUGCAUGGGGAGGACGUCAUCAACGAUGACUUCAGCGACGAGCGCUGGCUGAGCGUUGAGGACUCUUACUGGGAGUUAGAAACGAAGACCAACAAAGCCGGUGAGCGCAUGAAGAACAUCCGGUACUUGCUGUACCUACGGAACGAUUGUACGAAAUACAUCACUAAGACGCUCUUCGAGAAAGAGAAGCAGGAACUGGGACCGGCAGCGGGUGACGACAGUGAUGACGACACCGCUGAUACGAGGAUAAAGAUGAUAGCGAAUCUGAAAGAGCCCGAGCCGCGGCGAGAGGCAGAUGUGUACUUCUCGGAAGAGGAGGAGUUCUCCGAGUACGAGUGCGAAGGCUGCGGCUCCAAAAGUGUGAAUGUCAUGAAGAAGGCAGAAGACCGCUGCUUCAAAGUCUACUGCAAUGAUUGCCCUUAUGUAUCCAUCGCAGACAUGCACAAGGAGGCGCCGUCCAUCCGUCGACAACGGGAGAUCGACGAAGCCCGGGCAAGGAAGAAGAAGGAGAAGGAGAAGAAGAAGGAAGCCGAGAAGUUGGCGAUCGAGGACAAAGUCCCGGUGGAUCUGGCAGAACUCGAAGAAGUCGAUUGA